CUUGCAACGUGUGAGACGAAAAAACGAAAACAAACAAUUAAUUUUUAUUGAUAAUGUAUAAAUUUGUUGAUAACAUAACCGGCUAACCGGGCUUAGGGCUUACUUCAAAUUUCAGUAUUUUAUACAGGUAACUUUUAAACGAAUAAUCCGAUGAAUGGUGUAUUGUAAUUUGAAAAAAAUUUCCUCACAAGAACAGACGUUUGUAAUAAGAAACCCAUUAAAUAAUUUUAUCGACGCAUGUGUCAACAAUAUGGAUUUAUCUGAUGGUUUUUCUGAAGAGAAAUCCGAGCAGGGUAUGCUUGGAACUUACAGUGAUCAUCUUACCUCAAACCAGUUCAAUAAUAAUAUCUCGUUUAAGAUCGAAAAUGAUGCUUAUCCGUCUGCUCAAGAAAACGACGAGCUUUACGAAAUUCAAAGCAAUACUGAAGAGCAAUUUACAAAAAAUGAAGACCUAUGCGUCGUAUGUGGACAUGUCUCAGCGUACGAAUUUUUUAGUUUCCCGAUCAAUGCUGAUAUUCGACAGCAGUGGGCGAAGUUUUGUGAUAUAAAUUUAGAUAGAAUAAAACCACAUUUUCGGCUAUGUGAUGGACAUUUUAAACCCGAAGACUACCAAAUCUCGAUGCAACGUAGAGUAUUGAUGCCGACAAGUGUUCCAACUUUACGACCAAAAGUGAAACACAACUUCAUGUCUUCGAUUAGUCAGAGCUUUCAAUUCGGUACAGAUGUAAUUAGUUUCUCAAUGCCAAAGUUGAAUAUAAACACAUCGCAAAAUACGAUCUGCAGCUCGGACUUUGAAAGAAAUACUACCAUCGACGAUGCUCCUAAUAAAGAAUUGUGCGAAAAUUUUAAAGAUAUUACGAAUAAUCAGGACACCAUUCCUCCAAAGACAGCGAAAUCGACAUCGACGAAAAACUGGAAACAUGAAAAGUGUCACCUAUUAGAGAAAAAUUUACGAUCAGAAAUUUUCAGAUUGAAAAUACGAUGUUCUCGUCUCGAAGAUACUGUAGCCAACUUUGAAAAUAAAAUCAAGCAACAGGUUGAAGAGUGUUUAGGUACACGAACAAAUACUGCCGGAAAUGUUGCGAGAGAUAUUCAAAACUCGACUUUAUCGAUUAACGCUUCCUCAGAAAAAUCGGUGCACAAUCUUUGUAAUACGGAGGCACGAACUGAUCAACGUUCUGUAAAAGAUGCGCUUGUAGGAUCUGCCGAGCAUGUAACCGAAGAUGGUUACUGUACGGAUACCAGUGUGGCUUCUCUAGCUAUAUCGAUCGACGAUCCUCAGACGAUAGAAGUAAAAUCAGAACUAUUUACCGAAGAAGUUAGGCUCGAUGAACCUGCCGAAAAGGUUGCCGAAGAUAAUCACUUUGUAAAUUCGACUAUUUCUCCCAGAGAAAUAUCUACUGACCGUCUUCAUUAUGCGAAGGCGAACUUCAAACAUGUUCCCAUAAGAGUGAACGCAGAAACUUCCAGAAUUGUAGCUGAAAAUAAUCGCUAUCCUGUGAUUACGUUUUCUUCAGAAAAUUCGAAUAGCAGACGUUGCAGUACAGAGGAUUCACUUGAGCAACAUUUCGAAGAAGCACCUCCGGAACCGGAAUAUUCUGACGAAGAUAGUCAAUCUCCAAAUUCUACCAUUCCUUUCUCAGAAAAAUCGUUAGAGAGACGUAAUAACGUAGAGGCGCGAGCAGGAUGCUCAAAAAAUCAAGAAAACUCCGGUCAAGGUCGGAUUACUCGAUCUGCAAAACAGAAAAAACAUCUCCCAAGCGUAGAAAAGCCAACGCGAAACUCCAGCAGUGUUUCAAACAAGGUAGAGGGGCAGAUGCAGGAUUCAUUCCCUUACUGCUGCGAUAUUUGUGGUACGAAGUCUUCCAGUAAACGUGAUUGGACAAGACACCAGCAGCAAGAACAUUCGAAGCCGUUUCACUGCCAAGUCUGUAACAAGCAGUUUGCUCACAAAAGCCGUUUUAUUGCACAUGGAUUGACACAUAGUGAAAAGAAAGACUACAAAUGCAGCAUUUGUGACGCACGAUUCAAGCACAAUUUCAGUAAAUUGAAGCACGAACGCAUGCAUGCGAAAGGAGGUUGUUUCGAGUGCCCUGAUUGCGGAAAAAAGUUUUCCGAUAAACAUCAUCUCAUUAGACACCUGAGACUGCAUUCGGGUGUAAAACCGUUUUCUUGCCAAACGUGUGGCAAAAGUUUUACUCGAAAAGAUCAUCUUACUCAGCACCAACGGAUCCACAGUAAAGAGAAACCCUUCAAAUGCCGCAUUUGCAACAAACACUUCAGUCACCAAGGGGCUAAGGCAGAACAUGAACGUUUCCAUGUGAAGGUCCCACUUCCUUCAAAGGUAGUGGUACAGAUGCAGGAUUCAUUGUCAUACUGCUGCGAUUUUUGUGGUAUAAAGUUUUCCUGUAAACGUGAUUGGACUAGACACCAGCAUCAACAUACGAAGCCGUUUCACUGCCAAGUCUGUGCCAAACAGUUUCCUAAUAAAAGCAGUUUAAUUAAACAUGGAUUGACACAUAGUGAAAACAAACCCUUCAAAUGCCGCCUUUGUGACGUACGAUUCAAGUCGAAUACUAGUAAAUUGACACACGAACGCGUGCAUCAUGUGGAAGGAGCUCGUUUCGAAUGCGCUAUUUGCGGAGUAAAGGUUCUCUAUAAAGGUCAUCUCGUCACACACCUGAGAGUACAUUCCGGUGAGAAACCGUUUUCUUGCCAAAAGUGCAGCAAACGUUUUUCAUUGAAAUGCAAUCUUAUUAAACACCAAAGGACGCAUAGUAGAGAGAACCCCUUUAAAUGCCGCAUAUGCAACAAAAAAUUCAAGGGUGAUUACUAUAGGACAGUGCACGAACGUUCCCAUGCAAAGGGACCUCGUUUUGAGUGUGCCCAUUGCGGCAACAAAUUCCGCUGUGAGAGGACUCUAGCGAAUCACGUAUCAUCUAAAUGUAAUUAAAUAUCAGUAAUUGACUAAUUGAGUAAGUACCUAAUUUUCUGAAUGUGUACGGAUUGAAAUUUUUUCUUCCUUUGUUUUGUUUCUUCUUUAAGGUGAUAGAAGCUUGACCUGAGUUAUAAGGUUAACUAUACCGAUUUCUUAAAUUCAGUCUUGUGCUUCAAUUUUUUUAUACUUAUAUUAUGGGGAAAAAAUACACAAUGGUAUUUUA